UUCACCUCUCUCUCUUUCUCUCUCUCUCUCUCAAGUUGCAAAGCUCAUAAUUAUGGAAUGUAGCUUUACUCAACUUUCUGUCUCUCACCUUAUAAGCAACCUUCUCAUACUUUUAUUUCUAUAGUUCUUCUCAUCAAUUUCCAUUUCAGUCACUUACCCACUAGUUAAUUAUUGCUCUACUGCCUGUUAAUAUUUUCCUUUUCUUUACUUCUGUUUAGGUUUCAAAUGGAGGCAGAUAAUGGUGAAGUGAAGUCUAAGAUGGAAGAUUAUGAAAUUAUAGAACAGAUUGGGAGAGGAGCUUUUGGUUCUGCCUUUCUUGUUCUUCAUAAAGCUGAGAAUAAGAAGUAUGUUCUGAAGAAGAUUCGCCUGGCCAAGCAGACUGAGAAGUUCAAGCGUACAGCUCACCAGGAGAUGAACUUGAUUGCAAAACUGAAUAAUCCAUAUAUUGUGGAGUAUAAAGAUUCUUGGGUGGACAAGGGAAGUAGUGUAUGCAUAGUGACUGCCUACUGUGAAGGUGGAGACAUGGCUGCGAUAAUAAAGAAGGCUAGAGGCAUCUUUUUCCCAGAGGAGAAGCUCUGCAAAUGGUUGACCCAGUUAUUGCUAGCUGUGGACUACCUACACUCUAACCGGCUUCUUCACAGAGAUCUUAAGUGCUCCAACAUAUUCCUUACAAAGGACAAUGAUGUCCGCUUGGGUGACUUUGGACUUGCAAAGCUGCUUAAUACAGAAGAACUUGCUUCAUCGGUUGUUGGUACUCCUAAUUACAUGUGCCCUGAGCUCCUAGCAGAUAUACCUUAUGGCUACAAAUCUGACAUAUGGUCGCUUGGCUGCUGUAUGUUUGAAAUUGCUGCACAUCAACCGGCAUUUAGAGCUCCUGAUAUGGCUGGUCUAAUCAACAAAAUAAACAGAUCCUCCAUUUCUCCUCUCCCAAUUGUGUAUUCCUCUUCACUGAAACAAAUUAUUAAGAGCAUGCUGAGGAAGAACCCUGAACAUAGACCGACAGCUGCAGAAUUGUUGAGGCAUCCUCAUUUGCAACCAUAUCUACUUAAAUGCCGUAAUGCGUCUUCUGUGUUUCUUCCAGUAUUUCCUAUCAACAAUUCAAAAGAUAAAACAAAAAGAAAAUCGUUGUCUGGCAAAUCUAGUAGUAGCAAAGACAGCAGGGACAUGGAAGUUGGACCAUCAAACCAGCCAGAAAAUGAUUGUCCAUUUGAGAGAAACGAUGCUGCACAACCAAGCAAUCAACCUCACAUGGACAUCCCUGCUUCAACAUCUAGUGUGGAAGAUAACCUUGAGACCAAGAGAGUUGAUCCUACUAGUUAUAUUGUGGAAGUAUCAGAUUCUCUGACUGGUCCGAAAGACAGUUCCACUGAUUCGGAAACUAGUGUUUGCAAUGGAGACAAGCAAGCUGAUUCUAGUAGUCUGCCUCAGAAGGAUGGCAUUGAAGUUGAGUUCACCUCGAAGAGUGCGUCAAAUUCUCAGCAUGAAGAACCAACAUCUGAGCAUUUGAAUGUCAUUACUGCCAAGGAUCAACCAACUUUUUGCGACCAAAAAGUUAUUGAAGAAGCUCAAAUUGAGGGAGAGAAUUUGAUAGAUGCGGUUAACAGGAAAUCAGGAAUGCUUAAUCUAAGUAGUACUGACAAAGAUGCUUCCUAUGACGAUAAAAGCUCACCACCAUCUAACAAUAAACCUUUUGUAGAGUCAGAAUGCUGCUUACAGAAACCAGAAAGCCCCGAUGUGUAUACAGAGGGCACUCAUAUGGAUUACUUAUCAUCUGAAAGCAAUGAUAUACUUCCAUGUAAAGAUGAAAUUGAAGCAAAACCCGAUAAGAAUAAUUGCUCCAUGCAAGCAGAGAAAGAUGAUGCUUACAGGAUGAAUCACGCACCAAAAGCAAGUGACAUUUCAUUGCUUAAUACACUUGCUGCGUUGGCCGGUGACGAAAGCAAGAGUGAAUGGGAGAAUCCUGGUCAGCAAAGAGCUGAUGCCUUAGAGUCUUUGCUCGAGUUAUGUGCACGGCUACUUAAACAGGACAAAAUCGAUGAGCUUGCCGGUGUUUUGAAGCCAUUUGGGGAAGAAAUGGUGUCAUCUAGAGAAACAGCAAUAUGGUUGACAAAAAGUCUCAUGGCACAACAUAAAUUUAAUGGAGGAACCUAAACUUGAGGUGAUUUCCCACUAAUUUAUUAUUACAGUGAGAAUAUGUAUUUAGUAAAUUGUGUUGACAUGAAGUGUUUCUUUCAGAGUGUUGUUGGAUUGGAGGGUAUAUAACUUAUAAACAUACUUUUACAGAUUGUUUAACUCACUGAGAGCCCUUUGAGUUGAAAUAAACUCCUACUUCAUUUUUUUGUUCC